AUGUCGUUCCGCGACCUCCGCAAUUUUACUGAGAUGAUGAGGGCGCUGGGGUAUCCCCGACUCAUCUCCAUGGAGAAUUUCCACACCCCAAACUUCAUGCUUGUGUCAGAAGUGCUUCUGUGGCUGGUGAAAAGGUAUGAACCUCAGACUGAUAUUCCUGCUGAUGUGGAGACAGAACAAGACCGGGUUUUCUUCAUUAAGGCCGUGGCUCAGUUCAUGGCUACCAAAGCUCACAUCAAGCUGAACACUAAGAAGCUGUACCAGGCAGAUGGGUACGCAGUGAAGGAGCUGCUGAAGGUCACCUCUGUGCUCUACGGGGCCAUGAACACCAAGGGAGUGGAGCGUGCAGACCUCAGAGAGGAGGACUAUGGCAAGUUCAAGUUGGAUCUGGGCUCAAAAAUUGCUGACCUGAAGGCAGCCAGACAGCUGGCUUCUGAAAUCACCUCCAAAGGGGCAGUUCUCUAUGACUUACUGGGCAAAGAAGUGGAACUCAGGGAAGCAAGAACAGAAUCUAUUGCCAGACCUUUGGAGAUAAAUGAGGCUGAGAAGGUGAUGAAAAUUGCCAUUGACAGUGUUCUGGAACAAGUCCAAAAGACUAAAGACAUGUUGAAUAACGUGGCUUUGGAUGAAGCCAAUCUGGAAGCCAAGAUUGAAAAGCGAAAAUUGGAACUGGAAAGGAGCCAGAAGAGGCUGCAGACUCUACAGAGUGUCCGUCCUGCUUUUAUGGAUGAGUACGAGAAGAUUGAGGAGCAGCUGCAGAAACAGUACAGCAGUUACCUGGAGAAAUUCCGCAAUCUGGCCUACAUGGAGCAGCUCCUGGAUGAUCAUCGACGGGCAGAGCAAGAGCUGUUUGAGGAAGCAGCAAACAUGUUACGACUUACACAGAACAGGCUGAAGGAAGAGGAGCAACACCUGCUGAAGAGUGAAGGUAACGACGAUUCUGACAUCGACAUUCGGGAGGAUGAAGGGUCUGACAGUGACCUGGAGGGGCAGCUCAUGAAGCAGCACCCCAGCACAGAAGCUCUGCUGCAAGGAAGGGCCGGCACACGGGUGGUGGGAACAAUGCAAGGUGAAGACACGGAGGAAGAUGUGAGUAACCAUCCCACGUGUCUGUGGAGCUCCUCUGACAGUGCUUUACAAUGCCAGCCCUCUCCUCAGCCAGAGAAACACCUUUUAUUUACUGAAUUGUCAUGCCCCAGGCCUGCUUUGCCCCUCCUUUCCUGUAACUGCGCUCUCUCAUCAGCACAGACACAGAUUUCCCUCUUUUUCCUUUGCCCUUGGAGCCUGUGCAUUCCCCUUGUCCUGCAGUGCACAGCUAGUGGCACACAGGCUGCAGGAAUGCUGUUUGGUGAGCUGUGGGGGCAGAUUGCUGGGAAGAGGGAUCAGUUAGGUAGGUGGACAUAAAUCCCCUUUUGUUGCUCUAAA